CGCAGCAACAAAUUUGAAGAUUUCCUAUAAAUUGCAAAGUGCAUCAAAGUUGAAUCAGUUCCAGUGAAUUUGUUGUUCCACAGAUAUUUCGCAUGUCCGUCACAAUGGAAAAUCCGGAGUUCGUCCGGAACACCGGACUUUUUACUGCAUCCAACACCUUUCCAUUGCUGUUGGUAUCGGUUAUCAGUUUAUAUUACGUAUAUUGGAGAAUUUCGAGAAGGCGAAUGCUCGAAUUGGCUGAAAACCUUCCUGGACCCAAAGGAUGGCCCAUUUUGGGCAAUGCUUUAGAAUUCACCGGGUCGCCACAUGAAAUAUUCAUGCGGCUUUACCAGAAAGUCGACGAGUUCGGAAGAGUGAUUAAACUGUGGAUUGGACCAAGGCUGCUCAUCUUUUUGAUCGAUCCUAGAGAUGUUGAAAUUGUCCUCAGCAGUCAUGUCCACAUUGAUAAAUCACCAGAAUAUCGAUUCUUCAAACCGUGGUUGGGCGACGGUCUUCUGAUCUCCACUGGGCAAAAAUGGCGAGCUCACCGAAAAUUGAUUGCUCCCACCUUCCACUUGAACGUUCUGAAGUCUUUUAUCGAUCUGUUCAACAAAAACAGUCGCGAAACAGUUGAUAAACUCAAAAAGGAAGUUGGGAAGGAAUUCGAUUGUCACGACUACAUGUCCGAGGCAACCGUCGAGAUUCUAUUAGAAACUGCAAUGGGUGUGAGCAAGAAGACCCAAGACCAAAGCGGCUACGACUACGCAAUGGCUGUGAUGAAACUGUGCGACAUUCUCCAUAUCCGCCAAACUAAAAUCUGGCUGUACUCCGACUACAUCUUCAACCUGACCAAACUCAGCAAAUACCAAGCCAGCCUCAUUAGCGUAAUUCACAAUCUGACCCGGAAAGUCAUCCAAAAGAAAAAAGCAUAUUUCCAAGAAGGAAUUCGAGGAUCCAUGGCGGAAGUUCCCGAAGAACUAAAAAUGCAAAAGUUCGACUCGAACGUUCCUACUAAAACUACCACCGUUGAAGGAACAUCUUAUGGCCAAUCGGUCGGACUUAAGGACGAUCUUGAUGUAGACGACGAUGUAGGUGAAAAGAAACGAAUGGCUUUCUUGGAUCUGCUGAUCGAAGCUUCCCAAAACGGGGUGGUAAUCAAUGACGAAGAAAUCAAAGAGCAAGUUGAUACCAUCAUGUUCGAGGGCCACGAUACGACUGCUGCCGGAUCCAGUUUCUUCUUGUGCCAAAUGGCAGCGCAUCCAGAGAUCCAGGAAAGAGUGGUUCAGGAACUGAACGAAAUUUUCAAAGGCUCAGACAGGCCGGCAACGUUUUCAGACACCUUAGAAAUGAAGUAUCUGGAAAGGUGCUUAUUGGAGACCUUAAGACUGUUCCCUCCAGUGCCUAUUAUUGCUCGUCAGCUGCAGCAGGACGUGCAACUGGCUUCUAACCCUAAGUUUAAACUGCCUGCGGGAGCAACAAUUAUAGUGGCUCAAUUUGGAGUCCACCGAUUGGAGGAGUACUAUCCAGAGCCGGAAAAAUUCAAUCCAGACAACUUUUUGCCUGAAAGAGCUGCCGCCAGGCACUACUACUCAUUCAUUCCGUUCAGUGCUGGUCCCAGAAGUUGCGUGGGACGCAAAUACGCCAUGCUCAAAUUGAAAAUCCUGCUGUCUACCAUUUUGCGAAACUACAAAAUCUACUCAAAUCUCCGCGAAAAUGACUACAAAUUGCAAGGUGACAUUAUUUUGAAGAGAGAGGAUGGUUUCAGGAUCAAACUGGAGCCCAGAAAGACUUGCCCCUGUUGAGUAGUCCUUCAUGGAUUUAGGUGUUUGUUUGGCUUAUAUUUAUUCGAAUACGAUCCAUUGUAACAAAGCCACUGUCUUUAUUAGGAGAAAUAUUGCUAAAUUGUAUAUUUUUAAUAUGAUUUACUCAGCAAAGAACAAUAAAGUUCAUAUAAAGUAAAAA